CACGAAUUCUAGGCGUAGAAGUAGGAAAUCGGAAUCAAAUAUCAACAUACAUACAUACAGACUUGUUUGAAUCGUCAAUCAAAUAUCAACCAAUCGAUAUCGAUGGCUUCAUCUUCGGAUUCCAUGGACAACACUUUCAGAGCUCGAGUCCAGAAGAUCUUCGGGUCUCUCUCAUCAUCAUCAUCAUCGCUAAGCCCUCCGUGGUCUCUCACCGACUGCGAGGUCGAAAAGAGAGAGUGGCGACGACCCUCUUCUGCCAAAGACGAUGACCAAACCCCUAUUUCUUUCUUUUUCGAUGGCCUUGCUUGUAGGGUUGUAGGGUUCCGCCAUGAAAGGAGGUAGAUCGAAAACGGAGACCAAAAGGACCGAUAGCAAGCUUUCGGUGAAAAGAGGUGCUCCGAGCGAGAAGGCCGGUAAAAAGCCAGCGGCGAAGAAGGGGAAGGCUGCCAAGGACCCUAACAAGCCGAAGAGGCCUGCUAGUGCUUUCUUUGUUUUCAUGGAGGAGUUUAGGAAAACGUACAAAGAGAAGCAUCCUAACAACAAAUCCGUAGCCGCCGUGAGUGUUUUCACCUCAUUUGUUUUACUGAUUUUUGAUUUGUGGAUUUUGUUCAAGUUUGAUUUCGGGUUGGCUCUGGUUGCCCUCCUCUGUCUAUGA